AUGGAGAACGACCGCGGUGACCUUGUCGACCUUUACGUGCCCCGAAAGUGCGCUGCCACUGGCCGCAUCAUCGAGGCGAAGGACCACGCUUCCGUCCAGAUCGCCGUCGCUGACGUCGACGCCAACGGUCGCAUGAUUCCUGGCCAGUCGACCAACUUCCCCCUGUCUGGCUUCGUUCGCCAGCUCGGUGAGGGUGACGACUCGCUUAACCGUCUUGCCCAGAAGGAGGGUCUCCUCCGCAACGUCUGGAGCUACCAGAAGUAG